AUGAUGAAAUCAGAGAUUGCUUUGUUGAUGCUUACACAAAUAUGUGAACUUUGUGAAAAGUGGGCUAUGGACUCCGAAAUUAGUAUUCCAAUGAAACAACAAAGCCAUUUUGCCGACGGCAACAACACAGCAUCUAUUCCCGAUCCAAAUAUUACUGCAGAGUACCGAGCUCUACAGAGCUCAAAGCAGUCGGCCUCUUCGACCGGUUCCGACCGUGAGGGCUACAAUUUUGAUUUCCACACUCUCGCCGAGUCAGAGUUGUGUGAUCGUUUUAAAACUAAUCUACAAGAUGGUCUAUCGCCAAACGAAGCCACUAUCCGUAUCAAAACCAAUGGACUCAAUGAAUUUGAUCAUCACAGUCCAAAUUAUUUUAAAAAGGCCAUGGUGUAUCUCUUUGGAGGUAUGAUUGUCAUCUUUUUACAAGCACUAUUCUCUGCCUUCCAAGAUUGGUCAACUUCAAGAGUUAUGAAGUCCAUCUUGAGUAUGUUGCCAUCUGAAAGUUUGGUUGUACGUGGUGGUCAGAUCACUAGAUUACCAACCAGCCAAUUGGUAGUUGGUGAUAUCGUUCACCUAAAGAUGGGUAACAAAGUGCCAGCUGACAUGGUAGUCUUCCAGUCUUCAGGAGAUUUGAAAGUAGACAACUCCAUCUUGACCGGUGAGAACAAACCAAUCAAUGUCGUCACCAACUGUACCGAUUCCUCUUUUAUCGAGUCCAAGAAUGUCGUAUUCAUGGGUACUCACGUCCUCAAUGGAUCCGGUAUUGGUGUCGUCGUACUCACCGGUAACAACUCUAUCAUGGGUAAAAUCAACCAGUUGACCAAUGCCCGUCCCGAAAAGAUUCCAAUCAUCCAACAGGAAAUCAAUCGUUUCGUUUACAUCAUUGUUGGAUUGACUAUUCUACUUGCCGGUAUGUUUGCUCUUGAAUGGGGUGUCUUCCUCCACAGAAAACACCCACAAUUCCAAGAUACCGUUGCCAUGUUGAUGAAUGUAAUGUCGUGUGUUGUCGCUUUCAUCCCAGAGGGUAUGCCAAUUUGUGUUGCUCUAACUCUCCUCUUGGUUGCCAAGCGUAUGAAACAAAACAACAUCCUCCCCAAGUCGUUGACCACCGUUGAAACUCUUGGUUGUGUCAAUGUGAUCUGUUCGGACAAGACCGGUACUCUUACCCAAAACAAAAUGUUUGUCACCAACGUUGUAUUCUCUGACACUCAAGUCAAUCCAGAGGACAUGUUGAUCUCGUUGAAGAGUGAUAGCUGUGCAGGUGGACAAGCGAUUCUCUAUCAACAAAUGCAGUUGUCUGCCGUUCUCUGUUGUAAUGCCACUUUCGACGCUUCAACACUUGCACUUCCACUCGAUCAACGUAAGAUCAAUGGUGAUGCUACCGAUGCUGCCAUUCUCAGAUUCGGUGAGAAACUCUCCGGUUCACUCUCAAACAACACCAGAUCCGAGUUCACUCGUAUCUAUGAUAUUCCAUUCAACUCCAAGAGCAAAUUCAUGGUGACACUACACAAGCCAACCUACCUAGACAGCUCCAACAGUCAAUCGAUCUUCAGAAUCAAUUCAUCAUCGAAUGAACAUCUCAUGCUUGUCAAAGGUGCACCAGAUGUUUUGUUACACCGUUGUAUUUCACUUUCAUCUUCCACUCAAACCACCGUUCCACUCAAUGUUGAUCAAAUGGAAAGAAUUUGUUCACUCCAAGAGAAACUUUCAAGAAAUGGUCAACGUGUACUUUUAUUAUGUUAUCGUUCAUAUACACCAGUUAAUCCAGUUGGACAUGUAUCUUUUGGUCAGGAGCUUGAAGAUGCUGUUAGAGACUUGACUAUAAUUGGUAUGGUCGGUAUUUGUGAUCCACCAAGACCAGAGAUCAAGGAAACAGUCGCCACCUGUCGUAAAGCUGGUUCCAGAUUCUUUAUGAUUACCGGUGAUUUUGGUUUGACUGCUAGUGCCAUCGCUCGUCAAGUCGGUAUCUUCACUCAAAUGGACCGUGAUCCAGAGACCUAUGAAGAUAUUCUCCUCGACCAAUCAUCCUACCAGUUGGCUCAUCAACCAAGUCCGGACAACAUGGAUGCCGAGAACUCGGUAAUCACCAGUUUGGUCUUGAACGGUAAUGAAAUUGCCAAGUUGAAUGAUGAACAAUGGGAUCGUGUCAACAAAUACUCAGAGGUAGUGUUUGCUCGUACCACACCAGAGCAAAAGUUACAAAUCGUAACUGAGCUCCAGAAACGUGGAGGUGUCGUUGCUGUCACCGGUGACGGUGUUAACGAUGCUCCUGCUUUGAAAGCUGCCGAUGUUGGUAUUGCCGUCGUCACAGGUAGUGACGUUGCAAUUGAAGCUGCCGACUUGGUUCUCCUCGGAAACUUUGACUCGAUUAGCCAUGCUAUUCGUCUCGGUCGUCUUGUCUUCCAAAAUCUUCAAAAGGUCAUUGGAUUCUUGUUGCCAGCCGGUUCCUACUCUGAAAUCAUGCCCGUCGUUGUCAAUUCAUUCUUUGGUACACCAGCACCACUCAGUUCCUUCCUCAUGAUUAUUAUCUGUUGUUUCACUGAUGUCUUCCCAUGUCUUGCUUUGAUUAUGGAAAGGGAGGAGUUCAACUUGAUGUCACUCCCACCAAGAAACGCCAAGAAAGAUCAUUUAAUUACUCUCAGAAUCUACAUUCAAUCCUAUUUGUUCAUGGGAACAAUGCAGUCGGUUAUCUCGAUGUUCUUGUUCUUCCUCUACAUCGAAGAGUACACUGGAUUGUCAUGGGGUGAUAUGGCUUUCACCUAUGGUGACAUCGAUUUCACUGCUCCACAUGUUAAGGUCUCUGCCGAUGACUUUAACAACAUCUACGUUCCAACCGGUACCUGUGUUACUUUCCUCGCUUUGAUGAUCCUCCAAUGGGGUAACAUUCUUUCGAUCCGUAACCGUCGUCUCUCUAUUGUUACCGCUGAUCCAUUGCGUCCAAAGCGUAGAAAUCUUUGGAUCUUCGUUGGAAUGUCUUGUUCAUUUAUUGUCGCAAUCAUCGUCACCAAAGUACCAUGGAUUCAAACACUUUUCCAAACCGGUGAUGUCCCAAUCAAAUAUUGGUUGUUACCAAUUCCAUUCGCAGUCGCUAUUUUGGCCAUGGAUGAAAUUAGAAAGCUUUUUGUAAGACUGUUCCCUAACGGUCCAAUUGCUUGGAUCGCUUGGUAA